GCCCGAGCAACCUUACCUGGCUGAAGACUUCGCCUGGCUCGAGCCACCGUUGACCCAGACGAUCAGGGAGCUACGCCUCAAGCGCAUGACCGACGACGGCGCCGAGGAGUACGAGCCGGACACGGAAGAGGAGACCGAGACUACGCCUUGGGACCUCACGCCGGCCGACGUCUUCCUCACCGGCAAGGCCGUCCGCUCAGAGAUCAAGUUGAAGAACCUCUCCCCGCAGGAGCGCGAGCUCUACACCCACGCCAUGGAGAAGGAGUGGAGUUCUUGGGAGAAGUUCAACGCUGUUGAGGUUUUGUCCCCCGACCAGGUGGCCCAGCUUCCCAGCGACGUGAAGAUCAUAGGCACCAGGUGGGUUCACACCGACAAGAACCAAAAGCAGCGACUACUUGCACUACACCUCCGCGGCAAGACGGGCAAGACAAAGGAACAGGUCGAGAAGGAGUACCCUCUCUCAGCCAAGAGCCGCCUGGUGGUGCAAGGCCACCAAGAGGACCCCAAGGACAUACGUUCGGAUAGUCCUACGGCCUCCCUCCUUGCCUUCAACCUUGUGUGUGCCGUGGCUGUGAUUCAAGGCUGGGAGGUUCUGGCAAGCGACGCCUCUACGGCCUACCUUCAAUCCCAAGGGAUAAGCCGACUGCUGAUCUUGAGGCCUCCACGACCACCACCGCCGGGACUCAGUCCUAACGACCUCUUGAGGGCCAAGGGAUCCAUCUACGGUACCCGUGACGCUGGCCGCUCAUGGUGGAAGAAGCUCUACGCCACCCUCAGAAAGCACGGAUGGCGCAUGAGCUCGGUCGAGGCCGCGCUCUUCAUACUCUCCGAGGGCAACAAGCUACUGGGGAUUCUUAUAUCCCACGUGGACGACCUCUUCAGUGCUGGAGAGGGCAAGAGGUACAACGAGACCCUCAACGAGAUGGAGACCGAGCUCCACCUCACGGUCAAACGUGGAACCUUUAGGUUUUGUGGCAAGAAUAUCCUGCAAAAGGGUGGCGAGAUCUUCAUCGACCAGAUGGACGCCAUCGAGGGCAUCGACUAUGUGCUGCUGCCCACCGACCGCAGGAAGGCCAUGAACAGCCCCCUCACAGAGAGUGAGAAGACUGCCUUUCGAGGACUCAUCGGCCAAAUGGGAUGGGUCGUGAGACAAAGCCGCCCCGACCUCAUGGUGAACGUUAGCAUUGCUGCCCAGUCUAUGGGAGCCCCGCGGGUACAAGACGUGGUCCGCCUCAACAAGGCCGUGAAGAUGCUCAAGGACACGUCCAGUGCCAAGUGGUGCUUCAGGAAGGAAGGCUUCGAGCUGAGCGAGGCCAUAGCCUUCACCUUCGCCGACAGCAGCUUCGCCAACCUCGAGGGUGCAAAGUCCCAGUGCGGGUUCGUGACGGGCCUGACCAGCAAGGAGAUCUACGGAGGAGGGCCCACCAGGAUCUACAUCCUUGAGGCUUUCUCAGGGAGUAUCAAGAGGGUUUGUCGCAGCACCCUCGCGGCAGAGGCCAACGGCUUCCUCACCGGCACAGAAGCAGCCGAGUACGUCCGGAUGCUGCUGAUGGAGCUCACGUUCCCGGCCGCCUCCAUCCGCGACCUGGACCAGCACUACCUGAAGGAGAAGGUCGCCUGCUUUACGGACGCUCGGAGCUUAGAGCAAACCUUGAACAAGGACGCGGGCCAGCCAGCAGACAAGAGAGUGCGAAUUCUCAUCGCACAGAUCCGAGAGAUGAUCGGCGAGAACACCUUCCAGGACGACGCCCCCGGCUACGCCACUUGGGUGGACACCUCUCAGAUGCUGGCUGACGUUUUGACGAAAGAGGGCUGUGACCGUGCCCCUCUGUUGACUGCUCUCGCCGAAGGCGUGUGGCAGCUAGAAGCUUCCCAGGCGGCUAAGGAGAAAAAGCUUCUUAUCCAAGCCGGGAGGCACUCAAGGAAGGCCGCCCAGCGUAGAGCCGAGGUGACCUCCGCUGGCUUGCUCUUCGUGGCAAGCCGCUCCGAGCCCAAUACUCAGGUCGAUUACCUCUCGGCCGACCGCUUUUCUGCGCCCGCCGUUGUCUACAGUUUUUCAAUGGCCAAGCUGGACGUGGACCGCUAUGGUGUUCCACAGUACGGUGGCGAGCCGGAGCUCUACGAGGAGUACCAGGAAAGAGCUUGGGAUCUAUGGUUCGGCCGGGACGGGAACGAGCAGACCCAAGCAGCGACCCCGAUACACCUCCGCUCUGGACUUGUUGGCACGGCCUACGCUGCCGUAAGGAAGCUUGACCACGCGAGUUUGAUUACCAAGGGCACCGACGGCAAGCCCAACGAGAAAGGACUGAGGCUCCUCCUGCAGACCCUCCGCGACAACAUCGAGCAGGAGGCCCCGGUCAAGACCAACGAGCUUUUCUUCAUCGCCUUCUACAGCCCCCACGUGUGGCGCCUCCAGUCCGAGACAAUGCAGCAGUACAUUGUGAGGCGCGAGCAGGACUUCAAGAGACUGGAGGAGGUCCUUGCCGGGGCUAAGAUACCGGACCACGUCCGGGCAAUGAUGCUGCUGGCCUUUGGUGGGCUGGAUCCCCGGGAGCAGCUGAAUGUGCUGAGCUCUGUGAAUAACGAGUACGACUUCAAGAAGAUCGCGCACGCGCUCCGGAUCCAGUACCCCACCUGCAGCGGCAAGCCUGUGCACCGCCGCGACUACCUUGGAUGUGGCAGACAGCAGCCACCUCCCGCUGCGACGGCGAAGUUCAGGCCGAGGCCUUUCACGACGAGGCCGCCGAAGGGCAAGGGCCGUGGCUAUGUGCUGGCUGUGCAGGACGAGCCCGCGGACCCCGAGGACCAGGAGGCCUACGUCGAGGAGGAAGGCCAGGAGUACGAGGACGAUGCCUACGAGGCCCACGGUUACUCGGACGACGAGGUCCUGGAGAAUAUGAUUCAGGACUACGAGGACCACGCCGACGACCAGGAGCUGGCCGAAGCCUAUGCCACCAUCCUUCAGAAGAGGAAGCAAGCGCCUGGCGGCGGCAAGGGUCCCAGCCAGCCGCAGAGUUUCCCGUUCAAGGCAAAGGGCGAGGUUGUUCUGGACCAGCAGGCGAAGGAGCAAAGGCGCAACGCGGUGAAGUUCUUGAAGUCGGUCACCCCGUGCUCCGCCUGCGGCAAGAAGGGGCACUGGGCUGGAGACCAGGAGUGCCCCCAGGCAAGCCGAAAGACCGGAAAAGGGGGCGCAUCUCCCAAGAAGAAGGGGGCGAACAAAAGACCAUCGCCUUCGGCCUUCUUCGUGGACAAGACCGCGACCGCGCACGACGACGAGGAGGAAGCCGAUGCCUUCAUGGUGACAGUGACCUCCGAGCCCGGCUCCCCCUCGCCUUCCUUCGGCGUCUUCGGCAACCACUUCGAGAUGGACAGCGACGACCCAGAGUCCUUUAUGACCCUUCGCGCCGAGAACCUCUGCCAGCACUCCUCCUACAAAGGCGGCGACGAGAAGAAGUACCACAGGUCUGCCAAUGGACACUCCCGGCAGAUAAUGUGUAAGGAGCCCGAGUGCGACAAGCCAGUCAUACAGGCCAACCGGCGCGAGCCCGCACGGCUCUGGGCCUUCCUCGUGCAGAUCGCCUUGUGUACUUUGUGGGGCCGCCGUGCUCGGUCGAGGGCCCUCUUCCAGCGAGUUACCAUGGUGCGGGGCGAGGCCCAGGAAGAGCGAGAACGAGAACUUGAUGAACUUCGCGGCCGCCGCUCUACCGAAGACCCUCUCGCGAGACCAGCCGUUGACGAUGGAG